AGUUAUACUAUCAUAUGUAGAUUUUAAAAAAUUAUAUGAUAAAUAUACGAACACUUAGGCCAUACUAAGUAGAACAUAAUCAUUUCUGAUAAUUCUAGAUACUGCAGUGCCUUUGAUAGUAUCAAUAGCUAUGAUUUUUUAAGAUACUGUAAAAUAUCAGAUUAUAUCAGUUUAAUAGUUCUUCAAGUUCUGAGGGAAAUGGAAAAUUCUGUUGUAUGUACAAUAGAAAAAUAAACUACUGACAAUCUAUCACAGAUUACUACUUUUAGAUUAUAAAGUUCUAAAGUACAAAAACCAUGUUUCCCUGUAUCUAACAGUGAGCUUGACACAUUUGCCUGGUCAAUAGUAUUUGUUGAAUGCAUGAAUAGACAUUUGAGUGGAUGAAGGAAUGCCUGUUGAUGAAUUUCUUUUGAAAGAAAUAAAUCUUUCAUUUAUUGAAAGUAGUUUUCCAAUAUUGCCUAGAUAUAAAAUCUUUUUAUUCUUAAAAAAUAUUUGCAAGAUUCAGAAAUUAUUAUUUAUAAUUAUACCCAGAAAUGGAAUGAUAAUAUGGAUUCAUUUGCUACCAUAUUACUUAAAAACACUUAAAAAUAAAUAUUACUUUCCCAGCAUGUUGUGAAACACAUGCUUUGGAGCCAGAAUUCCUGGUUUGAAUUCUUGUGUGCUACCGACCAGCUGUAUGACCCUGGACAAUUUACUUAACCAGAAACCAUGCCUCAGUUUCUUCCUUUGUAAAAGACCUAAUAUAUUACCUACUUCAUAGUAUUGUUGUGAGGAUUAAAAUGAGUUGAGAUGUGUAAAGUGCUUAGAAUAAUGCAUAGUAAGUGCAUAGUGAGUCUUCAAAAAGCUAAUUAAUAUCAUCGUUAUUAAAUAAGGAGUUCUCUCAUAUAAGGAUUUGAGUAAUGUUUUCCAAAUAGAAUUUAGUGCCAGUAAAAGCUUGUUUUUAUUGAAAACAACAAAAGAAUCUACGUUUUUUUUCUAUCAAAUAAUGCAAAUAACAUUCUGAUUUUCCUUUUGAUCUGAAUUUAAUACUUUUUAAUGGUAUUAUUAAUAUGUUUCCUUUAUCCUUUAAUGUUUCUUUUUCUAUUAAUAGUUUAAUCCUCAUCGUGGAAAAUUAUUGUAUUUUAAAUUAACUGUAAACUUUCUUAUGAAUAGGAGAAAGAAAUUAAUGCAGAUUUUUAUAUAAAAACAAUAGUUUUAGAUACUCUUUGAAUUUUACAUACAUAAUAUUUGCCUGAAGGGAAUCAUUUGUUUUGUUAAGACUGCAAAGAAAACAUCUGAUGAAAAGAACAAGGUCAAAAAGCAAAUGAAUUCUGUGGAUGAUCUUGAUGACUUAACUCAGACAUCUGAAACAUCUUCAGAGGAUUGUGACUUGCUUAGCCCUAAUUGUAAUUCUGUGUUGCUAAUUGAACAACUUGGAAUGGUUUGUAAAGAUUCUGUUAGCCUAUUGAAAAUCCAGGAUGCAAUUCUUUCAUAUGAAACAGUAAUAGAACUUAAAAAAAAUCGUUGUGAACUACUUACAGAAAAAAUUAAAACAACAAAAAAUAAAGUUAGUGGUCUACAAAAGGAGCUAUCAGAAACCAAAGAAAUGAAAUCACAGUUAGAGCAUCAAAAAGUGGAAUGGGAACUAGAACUUCGCAGUUUGAGAUUUACCUUAAAACAGGAACAAGAGAAAAGAAGAAAUGCUGAUAUGUUGUAUGACAAAAUUAGAGAACAAUUAAGAAGAAAAGAAGAGCAGUAUAAUGAAGAAGUUGAAAUGAAACAACAACUUGAACUCACUCUUCAAACACUAGGUAUAGAGUUGAGGACUGUAAGAAAUAAUUUAAAUCAGGUUGUAGAAGAGCGAAAUGAUACCCAGAGGCAACUUUUUCUAGAACGGAGUGCCAGAAUAUUACAAGAAGGAAUUCAAAAGGCCAAAGAAAUGGCUCAAAAGAAAGUGAGUGGGAAUUCUGAGGUUUCUGAUAGUCAUGAGAAAGGAGAAGAUCUUUUGCAUAAAAAUCGUAUGUUGCAGGAUGAAAUUGCCAAGCUAAGAUUGGAAAUAGACACAAUGAAAAUUCACAACCAGGAAAAAGAAAAGAAAUAUUCCGAGGACAUGAAAAUUGUAAAAGAAAAAAAUGAUGACCUUCAAAAGACAUUAAAACUGAAUGAGGAAACAUUAACAAAAACAAUAUUUCAGUAUAAUGAACAGAUUGAUGUUCUGACAUCACAAAAUGCAAUGCUAAACUCUAAAUUAGAGAGUGAAAAACAAAGCAAGGAAAGACUGGAAACAGAAGUUGAAUCAUACCGUUCUAGACUGGCUGCUGCAAUAAAUGACCAUGAUCAAAGUGAGAUAUCAAAAAGAGAGCUGAAACUCACUUUCCAGAGAGCAAAAGAUGAGUGGUUUCAUUUACAGGACAAAAUUAAUUUUUAUGUGUCUAACCUAAAAGACAACAAUGAGAUUCUUUCUCAACAGCUUUCUGAAGCUGAAAGUAAAUUCAAUAGCCUAGAAAUCUAGUUCCAGCACAUAAGACAUGCUUUGAGAGAAAAGAUUUUGAUUUUAGAACAUGUACAAAGAGACCUAAGCCAAACCAAAUUUCAUGCUCCUGAGGAGGAAACAUGAGAAGGUUCUGACACUAUUGGAUUAACAGUGACACAAAACCCCAAAGAGUGCUCCCAUGUCCUCAAGGGGCUCCUUUAAUGUAAUUCACUUCUGUCAAAUUUUCUUUUCAUGGAAUUCAGGUAUUCAGGAAUACAGUUAUUGUUUGGCUAGCACAGGAAUUUAGGUGCCAGGAAACAAGAAUUUUGGAUCAUUUCCAUUGGAAUAAUAAGAAAAAGUAGAAAAUGAGUAUUGGUGAUAGACAGUCAAGGUAAAACAAGAAAAGUUUCAGAGGAGAAUCAAAGAUUUUUAGGGAGAUCUAUGAAGAUGAAGAAAAAUAAACUAAGCCAGAGUCAUCCAUACCCUAGUUCCUUCUUUGAGAACAGAGAGCAUGAAAUUUGGCUUACAAGAUUUUGCCAGUGUUACAGAUGUCUUCCCACUCAAUGAACAGAAGCUUCAUGACACCAUGAAACAGGGAUCAGGCAAAGGGUUUUGUCUGUUUGUCUGUUUUUUCCCAUUCAAGCUUUCCUUUCUUAUGCGAGGCAAGGCUAAGCUAAAGUCAGAUGUCAUGCCCAUUCCUUCAAUCCCCCUGCCAAUGGAAGAAAAGUAGUCCAAGGGUUCAAAGUAGUCCAAGGUUCCUGACUUGUCAUGGCUUCCUCUCAAAGAGGCAGACAUCAAAGAAAAGCCCUGUGGAUAUGGGGGUGAUCCUUAUCAUUUCCCAUCAGUUCCAAGGUGGCAUCUAGUCACAACAUUUUUUUUCUUUGGAGCACCGAGGGACAUUCUUUUUCUUCACUAUCCUAAUAGAAUCACAGGAGAUAAAGCAGUACAAUCUCCAAGAUGGCUUUGGAUUAGAGAUUGUCUGCAUUUGUUAUUUCCUCCUCCCUUAGUAUUGUCUGUCUUCUCAGAAAAAGGCACUCAGACCUUGAGAGAUUUCCUUAAUAACAGAUAAUAGUCACACCCGACUAAUUUUAUGUGCUUCUUAGAAGAGAGGCAAAACAGCAUAUGUAAAAUACAAGGAGCUCUUCAAGACCAUAAUGCUACACUAAGUUUUACUUCUGAAUCAUAGAAAGGUCCUGAAUGCUCAUUGUGUAAUAUUUUGAAAAAUGUAGAAAAGCAUGGAAGAAGAAAAUAAAAAUUGCUCAUAACCCAUCACUUUUAAGAGGGCAAAUGAUAGCCUGAGGGUCAAAUCCUGUCCAGUGCCUCUUUCUUCCAGUAUGGCCCUCAAGCUAAGAAUGUUUUUUAUGUUUUUAAAGGGUUGUAAAAAACAAUAACAAUGCCUACCAGGAUGACAACAACACACACACACAAAGAAGAAUAUGUGACAGAGACUUUAUAUGGCCCAGGAAGACUAGAAUAUUUACUAUUUGACCCUUUACAGAAAACAUCUUCUGACUCUUGAUAGAAAGUAACAACUAUUAUUUUGGUGCCUUUCCUCUCUUGAGUACCUGUGCAAAUUUUUAAGAAAAAAAUCUGUGAUAAUCUUUGAUUUUGUAUAUUAUUUUUUCCUCCUACUCUAAUACUAUGUCAUGUACAUUUUACCCAUCAUUAAAUAUUCUUCAAAAA